CCAUAUAGUAUAACAUUAGUUACAGUAGUUGGAUUCUUGUAAUGAUUUUUAUCAUUUAAUUAGAACAAAAGCAAGCUAAAUAUUUUUUUACACAAAAGUGAAUUGCAGUGGCUGACUGUUGAUUCCUUUUCUCAUUCCAGCUUCCACUAAAAUGCUAAACUGAGGAAGGCCCUGUGCCAGUUCCUUGCAACGGUUCACGUUUUUGUGUUGCUGCCAGUGUAUUUCUAAUUUGUAUCCAUUUGGGCGUUGCUCAUGCCAAGUACUUGCUCCCAUCUGUGCUCAGUACUAAAACAAAUUCUUUGGAGUAGGUUAUUGGCAGAGGGGUGCAAAGAGUGCAUAUGAGCGAGACUGGGAUAGAAGCCAAGCUGCGACCAAACAAUAAAUAGACUAUUUAGUAAAUUUCAUUGUUUGUAUGUCAGCAUGAAAGAAAAUAUUAAUGUAAGAAGGCACAAAAUAUCUGAUGACUUGGUGCUUUUUAUAAAUUUUGAAAUUUGUAUAUGCAUCCACAUUGGAUGUGGAACAACAUGCGCCCUUUUGAAUAUUAAUGCAAAUGAAUUCGAGGCUAGUUUUGUAAAGACGUUUGCAUGCAUCAGAAGUGCUGUCUGUCUGUUCAUCAAAGCUUGUUGUUUGAAGAAUUGUAUGUUUUGUUUGCAAAAAUAUCAUAUUGGAAUUGUUUUUAUUCAAAUUUUGUCUGUACCUGUGAAAUAUUUAAUGUAAACCAGUGGAAAAGCUGAUUUUUCUUAACAAUUUUAACAUCUACUCCAUCUCCCUUUUUUUACAGUCAGUUUUCCACAAAAGAAGCUUACAGCUUCACUUUUUGUUCUACAGAGUGAAUCAUGCCAAGGAAAGGAUCCCCUGUCCCUAUUUGGCUUGCGUUUGAAGUGCGGCAAGUAUCCAGAUUUUGGCAGUAAACAUUCAGCGUCAUGUUACGAUUUUUCCGUUUUUAGGCAAAGCCAUGCCAAUUUGUGCAAUUUUGGGCUGUUCGAACAGCACAUAUCACCUGUAUAAGUGGAAGUAUGAUGUGUGUGACAGCCACCACUGUAAAGUUGCAACGGGAAACUGUUUCUGCCCACCUCCCUUCAAACUCUUCCCAUUUCCGACAGAGAGGAGGGAUGGAGCAGCCCGGUUGCGUUGGGCCAAACUGGUCAACCGAAAGAACCAGAAAGGCACGCAUUGGCUGCCUCACCCAAACGGCUAUAGCCGCGUGUGCUCUAAGCACUUUGUGGACGGCGAACCAACAGAGCUCAAUCCAGACCCGGUGCUGAAUCUUGGUUAUUUGUUAUUGGACUUUCCAAUGUCCCCACGUGCACUCCCUCGCAGAGAUGAAACACCUUCUAAUAAAAGGAGAAAGUCGGUACCAGCAACGCAAACCAAUGUUGACCAACAUGUUGACGAUGGACCAGACAACAAGCGGUUACGAGCUUUUGCUUUAGAUCAUGCUUAUGUGUACAAAUGCAGCUGUCAAGAGAACUGUAAUUGCACGGGAUGCAUCCAAAAGCAGAAGGACAUAAACAAACUGACUGACAAAGUUGAAAUGUUGGUAGGCAAGGUAGAAGAAUUGAAACUAAAACUGAAGAAUGCUUCCAUUAAAAAGCGUUUUUGUAGCAAUAUCAAUGACAAAAAUGUGAGAAGAUUGACAGGGCUCUUUUCGACGGAAGACUUAGACAACCUAUGCGAGUACCUGAAGCCUAAAGCAAUGAAAAUGCGAUAUUGCGAAGGGAAGAAAAAAGUCGUCAGUACUAUAGUACCAAGAAAUUUUAAACAAACGCCAAAGAAGACUGGACCCAAAUCAAAACUCAGCGUAAAGGAUGAAAUGAUACUUGUGUUGAUGAAGCUGCGCCUUGGGCUGUCGAUGGUGUUUCUCGCGUCUUUGUUUGGACUUAGUGUGGGUACAUGUUCUAAAAUAUUCUAUACUUGGAUUAAAUUCCUAGCCAUCCAACUGAAACCCCUGAUUUUCUGGCCAAAUCGUGAUUUGAUAAGGUCCACGCAACCGAAACAGAUAAUAAAUAAAUGGCCAGCACUGAGAUGCAUUCUCGACUGUGCAGAGAUAUUUAUUGAACGACCACAGCAUCUACAGUUGCAGGCUUUGACAUGGUCUGAACACAAGAAACACAACACUGUGAAACUAUUGGUUGGAAUUGCCCCAAACGGCAUGAUCACAUUCUUAUCAAAUGCUUGGGGUGGGCGAUCAUCUGAUGCACACAUUGUUAGGAAGAGCGAAUUUUUGAACUUAGUUGAUCCUGGGGAUUGCAUAAUGGCAGAUAGAGAAUUUCCCAUUCAAGAAGACUUGAAGUUUCGCCAAGCCUAUUUAGAGAUUCUCCCUCCCAGCGAUGGUUAUCAGCCAAUGACCACAGAAAAAGUACACAAAACCAAGAAGGUUGCCAAUGUCCGCAUUCAUGUUGAACGUGCCAUAGGUCGUCUAAAGUAUUUUAACAUACUGGGAAACACUUUACCCAUCACUUUAGUUCCGCAUAUUGAUGAUAUUUUCACCGUCUGCGCAGCAUUAUGUAAUUUACUGCCUCCAUUGGUGUGUAAAUGAGAUGUUGUUGCACUUACAGAUCAUUUUGAUCAGAAGUUCAACUUUAUCUUCAACCAGAUUUGAUAUGAACUGAAAUCCAGAACUUGCCGAGUUUGCAACAUGUACAUUUCAACAAAAUCAGAGUUUUACAUCUCUUACAUCGCACUUAUUUUCAAAACAGUUUUGUUAUCACCAUGUAUCUAUACAGUGCUCAGUUAUUGCGUUUAAUUCAUAGUAUACAAACUGAUGGAUUUUUUUCUGACUAUGACAGUACUGAACUAUACAUUUAGUUUGUGAAGGCCCAGUGUAGUUGAAUUUGCAUAAACAAUAUUAAGAGAUUUUUUUUUUCCAAGCCACAAUGACUAUUUACUAAUAGUUAUACCGUGUAUGUGUCUGGAUUAAUUCCAGCAUGCAUGUCGGGAUCUUGUUUUACAUAUCUGCUGUGUAGUUUUUAAUAAUUCUUCAUGUACCAGGUAGAGAUAAAAUGUUGGGGAAAACCAUAGUGCUUUGGAAUUGCAAAUAAUUGAUUAAAAACAUGCUAGAUGAAUAUUUAGGAGGUGGCAUGUCAUGGUUGUUGUACAUACGAUAGAGGGUUGCUUGUUAGCAUUAUGGGGGGGGGGGGGGGGGGCGGGAUUACUUCUCGGACAAUCAACUCCAUAAUUCUUGCAGAUAUUCAAGUGAAAGAACAUAUAACUCUCAGCACAUUCGGCAUAUUUCCUCGUGGUUCAAUACAAUGCACAUCUCGAUCAGUAAAUGUACAGAAGUUCAUACAACUCUUAAUUUCUUUCAUUUCAUUUAAUCAUUUAUCAACCAUUGUUUCAGUGUACAUUAGCCAUUAAGUUACAUGUAUAUUUUUAGAAGUAGUCACACAUAUGCGUAGUACUUAUGUCGAGUUGCAUCUCAAAACUACAAAUUAAUAUUGACUUUGUUUCAAGUAAACAAAAUUAAAAUGUAUGGUAUAUACCAUAAACAUCAAGUUAACUCGUCUCUCAUUACUUUCCUCAGUUGUGUACAUGUUGUGUAUAUGUGUGUGGUAUGUAUAGUGGUAUGUCUAGUAUGUUAACAUAGAUCAUAAAUCAGGUACAUGAUUAUGCCAAAACAAUAUGUGUUUUUUUACAUUACUGCACACAUAAAUUUGACAAAGGGGGUCAAAUUUCAAAUUCCGUCAAAAAAGGUGACAAGCAUGAUACUGGGUUCAUGACUAACAUAGUAUCAACAACAAAUACAAGAAAAGAUGGCAAGUUUCUGAAAAUGGCAUCAGAAAGCUGUACUGUCAGCGCCCGCUCUUGAGGUAAUAGUUAACUGCAGGAAGCAGCCUGAGAUCGCCACACCUCAUCCUUCGAAGACCAGAGCUGAGCUACUGGUACAAGCCCGAGAUCACCAACAUUAUCAUACAUGUGCUCUGACGGUGAGGGACAAUGCCCCCAUGUGGUCCUGGACUGUCUUACCACUGUAAAUAGAAUAAACCAUGUGAGUUCA